CUUAAUUAUUGGUUCGUACUGUUGCUUGUGUGUGUGUGAGGGAGAUAAGCAGUGACUGUUCAAGUCUUUUACUUCUGUAGACACUAUAGACAUCCUUAAAGAAGAUGGAAAGGAAUAAUUACCAGGAAACAUUCCUUUCGGCCUUUACUUGUUGACCGGACUAGUACAUGGUGUGAAACACAAAAGCAGCAAGACCAACAGCUUGCGCUCGACACUUAUGCACCAAAUAAGCCAACAAGAAGAAGAAGAAGAAGAAGCACAAGAAGGACAGAGAAGCUUUUUGAUCAGAAUGGAUCAUGGAGAAAGAGAUGUUCCAAAUUACGAGCUACAUGUCUCUUUCUCAACACCACAAGCAAUCCAUGAGAUGGGUUUUGUUCAAUUUGAAGAAAACCAGGUCUUGAGCUUCUUGGCCCCUUCCCAAUCUUCUCAGAUAUCUCAGCCUCUAAAUGCUAAUACUACCACAACCAACAAUACUCACAUGGGGUUUAGCCAUAAUGACCAGCAGGUGGGAGCAUUGGAUCCAAAGGCUUCUAGUGAUGAGAACUGCACUGGUAAUAACAACGAUGGCAACAAUUCAUGGUGGAGGAGCUCAUCCGCAGACAAGAACAAGUUGAAAGUGAGGAGAAAGCUUAGAGAACCAAGAUUUUGUUUUCAAACAAGGAGUGAAGUGGAUGUUCUUGAUGAUGGUUAUAAAUGGAGGAAAUAUGGCCAGAAAGUUGUCAAAAACAGCCUUCAUCCAAGAAGCUACUAUCGUUGUACUCACAACAACUGUCGAGUCAAGAAGAGGGUUGAAAGAUUAUCAGAGGAUUGUCGAAUGGUGAUAACAACUUAUGAAGGUAGACACAAUCACUCUCCAUGUGAUGAUUCCAAUUCAUCAGAACAUGAAUGUUUUUCCUCUUUCUAAUUAAUACAUACUUUAGUUAAAUUAUUAAGAAAGACUGUUGUAAUAUUAUUAGAAUAAGAAUAUAUAACGUAUCAUCAGCUUAUGACAGUAUUUGCUAGUAAAUGGUUUUGAGGGGUUUUCAUCUUCCCAAGAUCAACCAUUUCUGACAAUUAAUACGUACCUGUUGAUAUAUGACAAGAUGUAUUCUCUA